CGAGCGUAGAUAAGCCCCCUUAUGAGGUGAAAACACUUCCCCGUCCUGCAGUAUCCCCUCCCAGCACCAACAGCAGGAAUAAGGGAUGUCACGGCUGUUCCUCCUUUUGGCAGCACUCAUUGUCUACAGCAGCAUCCAGGUGUCUCCUGCUGCUACUCUGGAUAAGUUGAAGGAGAGUUGGAAAUUGUACAUGAUGGAGUGUGAUCACAACAACAGCCGAGACCCGCCAAGCACUGGCCUUGUGUGCAACAGGACUUUUGACUAUUACGCUUGUUGGCCCGAUGGACUCCCUAACACCACUGUCAGUGUGUCUUGUCCGUGGUAUCUGCCGUGGCACCAUAAAGUUCAGCACGGCAUGGUGUAUCAGGAAUGUGAUGCAAACGGCCAGUGGGUGACUACGAAGAAUACCAGCGAGUGUGACUCUAGUGAUCCAGUGGUAAGAAAUCAGUACUAUGGCCAUAUUCGGGUCAUGUACACAGUGGGCUAUUCCUUAUCACUGGUGGCUUUGGUGUUGGCACUUGGCAUCCUCAUAUUCUUCAGGAAACUGCACUGCAUGAGGAACAACAUCCACAUGAAUCUGUUUGCCUCCUUCAUCCUGCGAGCGCUGUCUAUCCUCAUCAAAGACGCUCUGUUGGAGGCCACCAACAUCACAUCGCAGGACCUCGGUAGAGACCAGGAGCAGGGAUUCCCCCAGGCAUCUAUGCCUCCAGUAGAGCUGCUGGUGAACAAUGAGACGACGGUUAGCUGUCGCAUCGCCGUGGUGAUGAUGCAGUACAGUAUCAUGGCCAACAGCUACUGGCUUCUGGUGGAAGGCAUCUACCUCCACAACCUCCUGGUCAUCACUGUGUUUACAGAGAGGAACUACUUCAAAAUAUACCUGUGCAUUGGCUGGGGUACCCCCUUAAUAUUUCUUGUGCCCUGGGUGGUAGCUAAAUACCUAUAUGAAAAUCAAGAGUGUUGGGAGCGAAAUAUCAACAUGAAUUACUGGUGGAUUAUUCGUUCUCAGAUACUGCUGGCUGUUGUGAUCAACUUCCUUAUCUUCAUCCAUAUCAUCAAAAUUCUUGUGUCAAAACUUCGAGCGCACCAGAUGAGAUACACAGAUUACAAAUUCAGGUUGGCUAAGUCGACUCUGACGCUGAUCCCUCUGCUGGGUAUCCAUCAGGUGGUCUUUAUCUUUGUGACAGACGAGUCCACCAAGACCACCAUCGGUCUGCGACUCACCAAGCUCUUCAUUGACCUCUUCUUCUCCUCCUUCCAGGGUCUUUUGGUGGCCAUCUUGUACUGCUUUGUCAACAAAGAAGUGCAGUCCGAGAUACUGAAGAAGUGGAAGCGCUGGAAGCUUGGGAGGAACAUCGAGGAGGAAUACCGCCACACGUACAGCAAUACCCCAAACACGAAGACAGGCAGCCUGUUGAACCAUGUCUCUCGACUGCCUCAUCUCCCAGACAUCGCCAAAACCUCUGCCCCGGUCUGCACCCCUGAGGAAAGGCACAUGCUUGUGGCUGGAUGUCACAACGGUAUGCUUCACAGUAAGGAGGAAAACCAGUGCGUGUCCCCGCUGCACGAAGGAACCAACAGCAACUGCACCCUAGUGGAGGACAUCAGCCUCACGGACAAGGUGCAGUGUUACGACGGUCAGAGAGAGAAUGUGGAGAGCCACCUGUAAAAGGCGGUGGGAACAAGAAAUUGAAGAACGUUGGAGGGCCUUGAGCUCUCAUGUGGCUCUGACAUAUGCCCUGGGUGGCUGUGAAGAGCUGGGCUGAUCAUCUGAGUCAUCUGUCAGACUGGUCUUUGCCCAGAGAUCAGUGUCACUGGGAGACCGAGCAGCACUCAGCCCUCUCCACAGCCUGAGAAUGAAUACGGCAGACAUCCACACUGCGAUGUUAAUGUGCUGUGAGCCUCGUCAAUGGACUUUUGUGGAUGUUUGUCAGAUACUGAAAGAAACUGAUGCAUGUUGAACAAUGCAACAACAGCGUUGCAAGGCAGUUAAGCCAUGUAAAAUAAUAAGAAAAAAACCCUAAAACCUCAAACAGCAACAACAGAAACAAAAGGAGACAACAACAACAACAACAAAAAGACACAGGGUCCUUGCUUAAGCCUCUGCUUUAAUUUGUGAUGUGUAUCAAAUGUGUGUUUUGUGGUACUGGAGGUUAAAGACAAACUGGACAUUGAACUGCAUACACAAAAAAGACCAAACAAGUGACACAAAACAAGAUGAUAGGGAACAGAAGAAAAUGCUUUCUUUUUCUUUUUUUCCUUUGCUUCGAUAGCUGUAAAUGGUUUAUUGUCUAUAUUGACUAUGAUGAAAAUGUACAGAAAAAGAAGAAACAUUAUGUUGACUGUAUCUCAUACAGUAAGGUGACCACAGUGUUGAAGUGGCCCCUUUAAUGGCCCAUUGGAAAUUGGCAGCUCACCAGGUCAUUCCUGGCUUAGAUAUAGACAUUAAAAGAGGUCAAGAGAUGGUAUGGGAUAAAUUAUAAAUAAGCUGAAAUGAUCGUGGCUUGACGUAGUGAAGUGUUUUACAAUAAAAAUAAAUCCUUUUUAUAUAAGUCUAAACCUUGGAUACUGCUGAGGGCUACAGUUGUAACUGUGUAAAUGUGCCAGGUGUGUUUUUGAGGGAAAUAGUUGCAAUUCUGUGCCAUUAAAUAUGUUUUAUUCUCCCCUUGUCAUCAAGAUGUUGUCUGACGCACAUACCUUGGGAAACAGUAGUGCACUCAACCCUUACGAUGAAUGUUCAUAGGGGAAACCAUGCACUCAAAUCAAGGAUAAAAAUACACAGCAUAUAGACAUGAACUAUAAAUCCACACAUGCAUAAUCUAUGAAUCCAACACUGUGACUCAAAAUAGCAUCUCUGGAACAAGUGUGUUUUUACGAUGUUAAAUACAGGCUGUCAUGCAUGCAGAUUGGGCAGAUUUAGUGAACUUAAGUCAUCAGUUGUGUGCAUCAUUCGCUGAGGAUUUGUGCCAUACAGUGUCAUCGCAUCAGUAUCUCCACUGUGCAAGCGCCAAAAAGUCAGAGAGCCUGUGCUAAUGACUGCAUGCGCCUAGUUACUCUACAGACAGUGUUUAUUAUUCAGCCUUAUCCCGUGUCUGCAGGGACACGGGGAGUUUAGAACAAAACUCUGCACCAUAGAGUAGAACAAAACCUCUCUAGUAAGCAUUCUAGCAACAGAGAAAGCUAAAUAAGCAGUGGUACAUUUGCUUCUGAAAACAUGGCAUUUAUUUUUAAAGAAGAGAAGCUUCUGCAGAGCAUUCAUUAAUCUUUGAGUCACAAAACAUUUUGCCAGAACUAACUCAACUUGACUUUGUAUGUAUGACUAUUUGCACAAUGUUAAUUUAUAAUUGGUAAAUACUGUGUGUAUAUAUGUUUAUAUAGUUGAUUUAUUUGAUUGCUGUCAAUAUAUUUCAUGACAUGUGUGUGUAUGUAUGUACAAGUAUAUUUUCUUGUGGGUAUGAAUGUGUGUAGUUUCAGUAUUCCAGAUUUAUGGAUGUGCCACAGUAGGAUGAAUCAUUGGCUACAGAUAAGCGAUAGGUUGAUGUAAACCAGUGCUACUGGCUUCACACAGAGCACAGAGGUCAGAGGUCGUUAUGAGUCAGUUCGACACUAGCAUAUACAGUAUUGCAACACAUGACAUUCCCAGAAGUCAUGCCUAUAUAAGGCACAGGGAAGACACAGCUCUGUGUUUUAUUAUGGAAGCCACUCUCAGCGUAGUAGUUCAUAGUUCAGAGCUAAAUCAGCGAAACACCAGCGAAAUGUUUAUCAUUUGGAUAAUAGCUCUGUGCAUUUUCACUUCAGCCAGGUGCUGCAGGCUAUUUUUCAUCAGCGUCUGCUGAGAAUUGUAAUAGAGCAGGUAGAUAUCAAUACUGAGAAUUGAGCUGGGAGCACACACUGGCACUGCUGUUGGUCAGAGGUGAAUUUACAGUGUUUUUCUUGUUUUGCAGAGCAGGUGAAAUGUUUGCAUACUGACACAGUAACAAAGGAAUGUUGUGCACCUUCAGUAAAAAUAAUAUUCAGUAGAGUAUAUAAGUAUGGUCAAAGUAUAUUGCUAAUUUUAUUUCAAACUAAUAAAUGUAUUUUAAGCUGUGACCAUAUCCAUAUAUGUUUUUCAAACCAGCAGCUUGGGUCACUCCCCUUUCUGGACCAAAGUGGUUCUGUCUGAAUGUAUUCUUCAAGAGGCCCAAAUCAGUUAUGUUCAUUUUUGUUUUCUCUUAAAAAGUGGUUAUGUACAGUAUAUUUGCUGUGAGGAACCAAUCAGUAAAAACUGACUGUGUUCGGGUGUAUGCAGUCAUCAUAUAUUGUGUACGCUUAUCAAACU